UUUUGGGAAUUACUCAACACACCCAUCUCGCACAGGGAGUAUUCUUGCUUGGAAUGAUAAGGUCAAGCGUAAAUUCUACGGGAGUGAUAAUCAGUAUACACUUUAGCUCGCAUCAACAGAGUCAAGUUUUGCAUAAUCUAAAGUAGUUCAUAAUGAUAGCAAAACUGUUACCCGUUUGGGCAAUAUUGGUGUGCAGCAGUCUAGCAAAAUUCAAACAUAUGGUGCCACCUUACUAUCCACAUCCAACCGAUUGCAGCAAAUACGUGUUGAGAGAUUGGAAUGUGGAAGUGAUAUUCGACUGCCAAACAGGCUUACACUGGAAUGAUGGCAAAAAGACCUGCGAUUAUCCUUGGAGAGCCGGUUGUAGUGCACAGCUACAAGCCAUGGUUAUGCCGACAGAAUACUACAUCAAAUGUCCAGAUGAAGUCAACAUCGCUAUUCCAGUUUACUUGCCUCAUGUAGAGAAAUCCAAAUUUUACAUGUGUUCAUCAUCUGAACUCAUGGAAUUCAGUUGUGAUCCCGACUGCGUCUUUAACAUCCAAAUGAUAAGAUGUGAAUGCUUCCAGAGAGUGCGCACCAGUCCCACUCUCCCUACCAUUACUACGCAAGUGAACACCAGAACAACCCCGUUGAUGCCUGGCAAUUGCCCCAGCGUCAUCGAACCGAAGAACCCAGUCUUUUAUCCCCACUCGAAUUGUGACAUGUUCUACGUUUGUACGCUGAAAGGUCUCGUAGAGACUCGCUGCCAUGACGGGUUUCACUGGAGUGCUACAAGGAACCGCUGCGAACGACCUUGGGAUGCAGGAUGCAUUAACAUGGGUUCAAUCUCUGCUGAGACAUCUACAAUUUCUGUGAGAACCACAAGUAAUAGCAACGACGAUGUGAUUGCAGAAGAUACGAAUGAAGAACCUACAAGUUCAGAUGACUGAACAACUACAGACAGUUCAAUUAAUGGAGAGAUUUGAAUUGCAUCUAUUUGUAAUAAAACAUU